AUGAUUGUUGCGCUAACAAUCUGGUUCUACUUCCUAACAAUUUCUUUCAGAUUUACAAAAGAAGAUGUUCAUACAAGAACAAAUAUUAAAUCAUCAGUUCAAAGAGGUUUAAAAAGUAAAUUUGUUUCACAAUUUGAUGUUUUAGAACCAAUCAUUGAUGAUCUAAUACCAAAGAAAUCACAAGUUGAACUAUUAAAAUGUGAAGAUAAAAUUCAAUUAUAUAUUUCAGAUGAUGAAGUUAUUUUUUUCCAACAAUUUGAUGAAUUAAUCCCAUCUUUAAAAAUCAUUCAUAAAUAUCCUUCUGCUUUUCCAAGUGUUAAAGUUGAUAGAGGUGCUAUUAAAUUCGUCUUGUCAGGUGCUAAUAUCAUGUGUCCAGGUUUGACUUCACCUGGUGCUGAUUUACCUGAAGCUCCUGGUUUACCAGAAGGUGAAAUUGUUGCUAUUUAUGCUGAGGGUAAAGAACAUGCUUUAGCUAUUGGUAAAUUAAUUAUGAGUACAGAAGAUAUUAAAUCUAAAAAUAAAGGUAUUGGUAUUGAAUUAUUCCAUUAUUUAGGUGAUGGUUUAUGGAAUUUCCAUGCUGAUUAA